AUGAGAAUUAUUUGGUUUACCUUGCUGUUGGCUUUGGCCAGCUCUGUCCCCACAAAACCGACAGAGGCACACAAUGAGAUUCAGGUCGUGCAGUCUGGUCUCCAGCAGCCUUGUCCACAGGAUAUCCAGACUGUCCUGAAAGAGAUGACCGCCUCGCUGGCCGAACAGAAGGAGAAGAUCUCAGUCCUCGAAAAGUUGAAUGAAGUCAAACGGGUGGUGUUUUCAGCUUCUCUGUAUCUUGGGGGCGUUGAAACUCUUGGACCUUUUAACUCCUUCAUAACUCUGGUCUUCAAACGAGUCGUAACAAACAUCGGAAACGCCUAUAACCCUCAUACAGGUAUUUUUGUCACACCGGUGAGAGGAGUCUACCACUUUGAGUGGUACAUCGGUGGGCAUGGUGGUCCUCAUCCUGCAGCUGCCUCAUUGAUGAAGAAUGGGGACAGAAUCUUCACUGCAUGGGAACAUCAGGCAUCUCAUUACGGGACUUCUUCUAAUGGCGCUGCGCUGCUUCUGGAGGUUGGAGACCAAGUGUAUGUCACCCAGUGGAGUCAGUCAAUAAUAUUUGAUAAUUCUUCUCACCACACAUCCUUCAGUGGUUAUCUGCUGUUCACCAUGUGACAGGAAAAUAAAGCCCCUCUCUUCAGAUGAGAGACUAAAGUUUAUAAGUUUUGUUGCAUUGUCUUUAAUCAUUGAAGUUAAAGUUUAUCUAAUCAUCUUAAGUCAAAAUUACAAAGUGUAUUAAAACUUUGAUUAAAACCUGCAUCUG